AAGCACAGGACUCGGACCGCGGUGAAGGAAGGUUUGGAACGGCUCAACGUGAGCACCUUACAGACUCGGUCCGUUUAGAUCUGUUGGUUUCUUAAACCACGUUUGAAUUGAAAGUUAAGAAAAGUGGUCCAACAUUAACUGAGAUGAGGAUAUACAAACCGAAGACUUGUAUCCAGAAUGGGCAGUAAACAAAGUGUAUUUACUGAAGAACAGUUGGAUGAAUAUCAGGAUUGUACUGUCUUCACAAGGAAAGAAAUUCUGAGGUUAUAUCACAGAUAUCAUGCCUUGGCACCAGAGAUUGUACCACGUUACUUCAAUGAUAUUGCAGAUAUCAAGCUACCUCUGGAACUCAUUAGCGAGAUGCCAGAGCUAAAGGAAAAUCCCUUUCACCAAAAGCUUCUUCAAGUAUUUUCUGAGGAUAAGCAGGAUAACAUGUCAUUUAAUGACUUUCUAAAUAUGUUCUCUAUCUUAAGUGAUCUGACACCUCAACAUUUAAAGGCAUAUUAUGCAUUUAAAGUAUACGACUUCAACAAUGAUAACUUCAUUUGCCAGUCAGACCUGGAGGUGAUGCUUGGUAAGCUUACAGGUGAUGAUGAAUUGUCACAUGAAGAAGUUCAAUUGGUGUGCCACAAAAUCAUGGAGGAAGGAGACCUAGAUGGUGACGGAAAGCUUUCAUUCGCUGACUUUGAGUACAUGAUCACUCGUGCUCCAGAUUUUAUGAGCACUUUCCACAUUAGAAUCUGAACUACCAAAUAUUAUUGAAAACCAUGAGAGCUAUCAAGAUUGACGGCUACACAAUCGAACCUCUUCAACUAGUUCUACUCUAAUAUGAUUUUGCUUUAAACAAAGGAUGAAUCCAUGCUCUCAAUAAUGCAAGAGACUAAAAUAAAACAACUACAGUUGCUGGAGAGUUGAAAGAGAACCAAAGUGGUGGCAGAACUUAGUGGGAUGGUCAGUAUCUGUGAAGAGAAAGAAACAGUUAGCAAUGAGUCCACUUACUGUUCUGAAGAAAUCAUAUUGGACUUGAAACAUUAACUGUGUUUCUCAUAUUCCAAAAGGUCACUGAUAUCUUUGAGAUAGCAUUUCUGUUAUAUAUAAAUCUACAUAUUUUCUGUAAAAUAAUGAGGAAAUUUACUAAUGGUUUGAAUUUAGAAUAUUCCAGAACUGUAUUCUGUCUCAUCUGAAUGUUAGUCAUGCACAAGCAUAUUCCAAUAUGAAGGAAAGCUUUAACAGAAUGCAAAAUCUUUUAACGUAAUGAAUUGGAUCAAACAGAAAGAAUGCUUUAAUAUGUCUAUUUUGGGUUCUUAUGGAGCUGUAGUAGUGUUCCUACCUUUUGGCUAAAAGAUCCAGAUUCAAGUCCAACAGCAUCAAAACAUGUCUGCUCAGGUUGUACCCUCUUCCCUUUCACUUAAUUAUACUUUUCUGGGCUACAUACUGAUCAGUGAGAGAGUGAAUAAGUAAGAUUCUCUCAUUUCUCUUUGUCGCCUUUUCAUGUCACUGUUACUGUUACUGCAAGAAAAUGUAAUAAACUCUGCCAAACAUGAGAGUUGUUCAUUUUAUUUUCCUGUUUGUGAACUUUGCUGUCCUCUAUUGGUACAACCACAUUUUGUUUGCCAGCUAUUAUAGAAACAGCAUACAGAAAGCUCUGCAAUAUAUUCAACAUGUGUCAGUUAUAGAAAGUACAUAUUACUCUCUUACUUCAAAGCUGAUCAGGAAAAAAUGAAAAAUAAACAGAAAGAAAUUCAGGCU